AUGAGUUUUGCGGGUCUCGGUUCGACGGUGCUUUUCGCCUCCUUGGCGGUUCUUGUCAGCGUUAGCGCCGCGCGCUCGGACGCGCCCCGGGGAGUCGCGGUCGGGUUCGUUUUUGACCCCAAAGCGAAGUGCGAACCUCCGUGCGAACACGCAGGAAUCUGCAUCCGCAACAACACAUGCUUCUGCUCCAAGGGCUAUGAAGGAGAGACCUGCCAGUAUGCCAACUGUUAUCCCAAAUGUAAGAAUGGAGGAGCGUGUCUUCGCCCUGGAAAAUGCAGAUGUCCACCUGGAUUUGGAGGAAGAUAUUGUCACAAAGUGACGUGCGAUGGGGGAUGUUGGAACGGAGGGGAAUGCACCGCCGUCAACGGAGUGGCCAAGUGUAUCUGCCCCUCCAGCUGGACCGGCUCGAAAUGCCAAGAGGCGAUCUGUCCGCAAGGCUGCAGGAACGGGGGCGUCUGCGUGGCUCCAGGAAUCUGCAGCUGUCCGGAGGGAUGGCUGGGUGGCGCCUGCCAUACUGCUGUGUGCACUCAGCCCUGCUUGAAUGGAGGGAAGUGUAUUUCUCCCAACAAAUGCCGCUGUCGCCCCCCUUUCUCUGGCCCUCGCUGCGAGGAGAGGAAAAACCCCCACUAG